UUAUAAAACCCAUUCUGCUGAUAAACUGUUUAAAUUAUAUGAAAAUAAAAGCUUUUAAAUUCAUGAAUAGUCGACAAAGCAGAUGGCUUCCUAAGAUGACUAGAUACAAUGAAAAGAAAUCUCUUUCUUCAGUCGAAGCAAACUUUUAUCCAGAUCCUGUAUAAAUAUCUUUGCCAUGGCUACUGCUCACUUUUUGAGAAAGUGUAUGCAAAACCUAAAUAAUGGACAUAAUCAUGGGACUAAAGAAAGUCAUUAGCAAUCAAUAUGUGGAAGCAGUUAGUACUGGUACAAAAAUCAAAAGCACAACUUUUGUGAGUAAGAAACCUUUUAUGUACAAUAACUGCAACAGCUAACAUUUUCAUAUGGAUAUGAAAGAAACCUUGCAUACUUGUAAUAUUUGCAGUAAGGAGUUUUCUGAAAUGUGUAUUUUAAAUGAACAUCUCUGUUCUCAUACAAAUGAAAAACCACAUUCUUGUAAUGUAUGUGGUGAAGAAUUUCCUUCCAAAAAUACUCUGCAGACACAUCUUCUGACUCAUAAAAAUGAAAGACCUCAUUUUUGUGAUGUGUGUGGUAAAGACUUUUCACGAAAAAUUGAUUUAAAUGUUCAUUACCGUUCACAUACAAAUGAAAAGCCUUAUUCGUGUGAUUUAUGCAAUAAAAAAUUUGCUUUGAAAAAUAUUUUAAAGCAACAUUAUCGAACUCAUACAAAUGAAAAACCAUAUUCUUGUGAUGUAUGUGGUAAAGUAUUUUCUGCCAAAAAUAAUCUUAAUACCCAUUAUUUAACUCAUUCAAAUGUUAAGCCCUAUUCUUGUGAAAUGUGCAGUAAACAAUUUUCUAGGAAAAGUUAUUUAAAAGAGCAUUAUGGAACUCAUACAAAUGAAAAACCUUAUUCGUGUGAUAUAUGUAAUAAAAACUUUUUACGCAAAUAUGAGUUAAAAAGACAUUACUUUGUUCAUGAAACUGAGAAGAAUUAUUCCUGCGAUGUAUGCAGUAAAAAAUUUUCUGGGAAAAUUAGCUUAAGACAACAUUAUCGAACUCAUGCAAAUGAAAAUCUUUAUUCAUGUGAUGUCUGUGGUCAAGGAUUUUAUCACAAAGGUAAUUUCAAGAAACAUCUUCUGUCUCAUUCAUAUUCAUAUGAAAAACCCUUUUCUUGUGAAAUAUGCAAUAAAAAGUUUUCUCAGAAAAGUCGUUUAAAUGAACAUUUUCUAAUUCAUUCAAAUGAAAAACCUUAUUAUUGUGAUGUAUGCAAUAAAGGUUUUUUGGACAAAGGUAAUUUAAAAAAACAUCAGCGUACUCAUACAAAUGAAAAGCCAUAUUCUUGUGCUGUUUGCAAUAAACAAUUUUCUCAGAAAAGUCACUUAAGGCAGCAUUGCCGAAUUCAUACUAAGGAAAAACCUUAUUCUUGUGAUAUAUGUAGUAAGGAAUAUGCACAGAAAGCUAAUUUAACUAUACAUUAUCGCUCUCAUACUAAUGAAAGGCCUUUUACUUGUGAUGAAUGUGGAAAAGGAUUUUCUUCGAAACGUUAUUUAAAUAAACAUCUUCGUACACACUCAAAGGGAAAAGAUGAAUCUAGUGAUAUAUGUGAAAACAAUUUUUCUAUAAAGGUGACUUAAAUGGACAUUUUAAUGUUCAUAUGAAGAAAAAAGAUCCUUUGGGGGAAAUAUGAAGCAAUAAUUUUUUCAUCUAAAAAUAUUAAAAUUGCAAUCUGUAAGCCAAGCAGCUAAUGCUCCUAUUAUCUCCAGGCUGAGGAAAAGGCUGAGUUGUGUAAAAUACUAUUUAUUAUUUCUCUUUAAGAUAGCUAACAUGCAUUAUUUCAUCCCUAUGCUCAUGCUGAUAGUCCUUAAAGUUUAAGUAAUAGCAAUGACAUCAUAUUAAAAUUCCUGAUUAGAUAAAGUUGUUAUAGAUUUAAAAUUUAUUAAUUCACUAGUGAAGGAUAAUUUUAAUGUAUUUUAUGUUGAAUUGUUGAUCAGUUUAAAUUUCUUUGAUUCUACAAGUAACUACUUCAAUUCUCCUACUCCAAAUUAUGAUGUGGAGAUGUUAAGGUUAAGAUCAUGUUAAGAUUGCUCUUCAUAAAUCACACAUUUUUGAAAGUGGCUUUAUUAAGUUUACAAUCAUGAAGUUUUCAAUUCAACUUCUUGAUAAUAUCAAAUUA